AAAUUCGACCGUUGGAGAAAAAGAAGAAGAACAGAAAAAAAAACAUAACCGUUACUUACAACCCACCCACUUACGAAGUGGAGACUCUUGUCUCAACAACAAGAUCAUGUCAUUGAGUUCAGACUCAGAAGAACGUGGUGGAGAAGAAGGUCCCAAUUCAACCCUCAUUUCAUACCCAAUUCUUCUUUGACUUUCUCCAAUUUUUUUGGUGAGCAAACAAUUUCUUUAAUAAAUUGAAAAAAAAACCCGCUUUUUUGUUUCUUUCCAAGGAAAAAUGGUUGCUAGAACCCCACCUAAGGGAAGAAAGAUGGUGGCUCCUCCUUCAUCUCCUCCUCCUUCUCUUCCACAACCGAUUCAUCUCACUCCCACUCGCAUUAGGGAGACAAUUAAUAAGGUGGAUAAGUCGAUUAGGAGACUGCAAGAGCUUCAAUUUACAGUUGCAGGAGGGAACAAAGUGAUAUCCGGGGUGACACUUAGUCCAAGAAGCACAAGAGGCUACUUAAGGACUAGUCUUAGAUGCAAGCAGGAAUCCUUAAGGAUCAAGAAUCAUACCGCUAAAAGAUCUCCUCCUGGGAAAUUGCCAACAAAUACAGGGGACUGGAAAAGAAUGUCAUUACCGGCAAUGUUGUUGGGGGAAACAGUGGGAGAGAUUCUGCAAGCUAGUCAAUUUGCAAGGCAGAUUGUUGAAGCAGUUAAUACUACUAAACCUCAGAAUAACAGACAACAAGAAGCUGAUGACCCCAAAACACCACUGACAGAGAGGAAAAGGAAUCCCUUGAGGCCAACAAAUCCAGAGAAUUCCGAGCUUCGUGUUCGGAGGAAAAGAGAAAAACAGGUUGCACUAGUGUCAAUCCGAGCAGAAUCAGAUGCUCCAUCACUCCAAAGGGCUAAAUCCAAGAUCAAUUUCAAGGUUUCUCCAUUGCACAAGAGUGAUUGUGACAAAGAAAAUUGCAGGUACAUUGCAAAUAGAGUUUCCCCAAGGAAUAGGCCAUGGGCGAGAAAAACUGUGUUGUUUCCUAACCCAUUGUUCCAUUCUUCAUCACCAACUUCAAAGCAGCAAACUUUAUGCAAGACUAAAUCCCCAGUGGUAAUGGCAAGGCAUCAAACUUUAUGCAAGACUACUACUAAAUCGCCUGUUUUGGCAAAGAGUCGUCCCACAACUCCACAUAAGUUCUUGAUCAAGUCUCCUUCACCCUCAACUUCCAAAUUUCAUGUGAAAAUAAGGAGCCCUCCAUUGUCCAUUUCCCCCAAAAGAUCAGCAAGUUUGAUCAAGAAAAGUCCCAAGGUGUCUACUGCAGCAAAACUCAGAAGGUCAUUUUCGCCAUCAAGAUUGGCAAACAAGCUUGUUUCACCAUUGAAAGGUCGGAAAUCUGUACAGAAUAAUAAUAGGACUGAGGCGAUGAAGAUUAAUAAUAUGAUGAGUGGGGGGCUCAAACAACGACCAAGUGCGACACCAAUGCGGUUUUCAGCUCCAAGAAUUUAAAGCGAAAGCGGAAAGUUUGGUUUGUUUUUCUGUUUGGUGGGUAGAUUGAUCUGGAUCUUGUUCAAUUCAAAGAUAUUUCCUCAAUGUCCAUGUAAGUUUGAUUCUUUUCUGGAAUUCUGUUGAUGGAAUGACCAGUGUUUGCACUCUUUUGUUACUCUGGAAAUGUAUCCUGCUGUUGUACUUAUGGUUGCUUUAAACAAUUUUGAACUCUCCAAUAUACCCUCCUGUCUAAUCACCUGUAUUAACUGACUGCUACUUCUCUGCUUACCAACAAAACAUCUAGCAUUUCUUUCUUCCCAAAUAUGAUAUAUCAAAGCAGAAAUUACAGCAAAAAGUACCUUCCUCUUCAGUUUAGAGUUUCUCCAAGUACUCAGAAUUUCCCUCCUCCAUCCAUUCUGAUGACAUGGAAUCUGAAUCUUUAACCACUGGUUCACUUCAUUCAGCACUUCCUUUGAAAACCUACAUUCAAAAAACAAGUGCAACGCAUCUUCUUGCUGCUGAUGAUACAAAGUUCACACUUUGGAUCAACCUGUGGAACCAUGAACCUGUUGAGCCUGUCUUUAGUUUGCAGUCUGUUCCUCCAACACAAGCAGGUGAUAAACGCAUGUUUCGGCACAUUAUAAUGUUUGUAUAUACA